CCAUUACCCUCCUCUAUUCUUCCACAUGGCACAUAAGCUGCUCGACAGAAAGUCUCUGUGAAACCCGAAACGAACCGUGAAAACACACACACACACACACACACACACUCACACUCACACUCACAAAGAAGCAGAGAUGUGGAAGCGCGCGAAUUUACUGUGUGCGCUAGUAUCUUCCUCGAACUCGUCUCUUCUUGACCAGGCAGCCAAUGGGUUUAAGAAUUGGAAAGCAUUCAGCACAGAAAUACUGAAACCGGCAGGAGGUGGAAUCUCCCCCAAAGAGAGAACCCCAUAUAUUACUUUUGUCCUAGGAGGCCCUGGCAGUGGAAAAGGUACACAGUGUGCACGGAUCGUAGAGACAUUUGGGUUCACCCACCUAAGUGCAGGAGAUCUCUUAAGGAAGGAAAUAUCCUCUAAUAGUGAGAAUGGCUCCACGAUUCUUAACACAAUCAAGGAAGGAAAAAUUGUUCCUUCAGAAGUGACUGUCAAAUUGAUCAAGAGGGCAAUUGAAUCAUGUGAAAAUUAUAAGUUUCUCAUCGACGGUUUCCCAAGGAGUGAAGAGAAUCGCAAGACAUAUGAACGAGUUAUUGGCACGGGACCAGAUGUGGUGCUUUUCUUUGAUUGCCCCGAAGAAGAGAUGGUCAAACGAGUGCUUAGCCGUAAUGAGGGACGAGUUGAUGACAAUAUAGAUACAGUGAAGGAACGGCUCAAAGUGUUUACGACUUUGAAUCUUCCUGUUAUUAAUUACUACACUGGGAAAGGGAAACUUUACAAGAUCAAUGCUGUAGGAACAGAAGAGGAGAUAUUUGAACAGGUUCUGCCUGUUUUUGCUUCAUGGAGGUGAAUAAAUGAAAAGAACUGAGAGGAACAAAGCUACCAAAAUUUUUGGUAUUUGGCGGCUGCUAUCCUGUUAAUUUCCACAAAGAGGACUACAGGUUAAUUGGCAUUUCUAUUUUCCAUAAGUCAGGAAAUUUAAAUGCUCGGAACCACUCAUCAGCCCAAUGGGUAGCAAAUUCUGCUCCCCCCACCCCACCCCACACUUAAAAAACCCUCACGAGUAAGCACGCUAUCAUUGAUAUAUGUUAUCACCAAACAGUUAUACAAUUCCAGUAAGUCUGUUAAACCUGUAGUUAUUAAAUGUUCUGGUUAUAUAUUGUAAUUGGAGUAUUCGGGUUGACUAAUGCCUAUUUGCUGCUUUUGCAUUUAGUUAGUGAUGUCACAUAUCAAUGGUGACAUUGUAUCACAUAAUGAAUAUUUACUCCCCAGGCCAGGUUCCCCACACGCCCCCACAAGUAGUUUAUGGUGUUUGUG